GGCAGGCCUCACCCUGCUGCUGCAUGUGUCUGCGUCUGGCUCAUCGGAGAGGAAUGUGGGCCGUGGUGUGAUGUAAUAUCUGCGAUUCUUUCACCGGAAGAGAAAUCAAAGCCUAGAAACACUGGAGGACACGUUGACUGGUCGUUUGGAUCCUGUUACAGAAACAGUCGAAGAACUUGACAAACAGGUUCUGGCACCGCCUCUACCUCUAUAUAAACGCGCCCGUGUCUUCCCUCUCACUAGUAACCACAAGAAGCGCACAAACACUCCUCAGAGAGGGGAACUCCUUCAUCAUCAUCAUCACAACUCGCCUGAUUCACGGGACAGCCAAUCCCCGGCGCAGCAUUACAGACAAGCAGCUGCUUCCUUAAUCCGAUCAGCCCGGAAUUAAAGCAGGGCACUCAGAGAAGACGCAAACGAGACGAGAAACUCAGACCAUCGCUUUCAUUUCUGUUCCUGAGAGGCAAAAACAGAAAGUCGCCAAGAUGAUGAUGCAGCUGACAGAAACCCCCAACCAGAAGAACUCCCUCUUCAACGCCAUGAACCGCUUCAUCGGCGCAGUGAACAACAUGGACCAGACCAUCAUGGUGCCCAGUUUGCUGCGGGACGUCCCGUUUGAGGAGGACCGAUUGAGUCACCUGAAAACCGAAGAGGAAGAGGGGGACAUGUACAGCUACUACCAGCAGCUCAAAUCCAUCCGCAGGGACAUCGAGUGGGGGGUCAGGUGCGCUGCGGCCGACGAGAGGCGGAAGGAAGGCAUGAUGAUCACCCGCAUGAACUCCACCGCGUCCUCCUCUUCCUCCGCAUCAUCUUCAUCAGCUUCAUCAUCGACAUCCGAGGAGGAUUACGAGGAGGAUGAAGAUCUGGAGAAGCAGUUCCAGUUCCACCUGAUAGGACUGCAAGGGGUGCUGUCCAAGCUCACACAGCAGGCAAACUCUCUCACCAAGCGCUACAAGCAAGAGAUUGGAAUCGGAGGAUGGGGCCAGUAAACGCACACAAACUGACUUUUUUAUUACUCUGGCUGAAUUGAUUCCUCUCUCAAGGCCUUCCUUCGCUGCUGCUGUCACUACUGAUGAAAUAUAAGGACAAUUAUUUGAAUGGUAGAGAAAAAAGGCAGCUCAUUUCUCUCUUUAGGCCUUCAUGGUGUUGGUCUGCUCUAUGGUAUGGACUGUAGAUGUGUUGAUCCUAAGAAAGCUUUUGUGUACUGACACUAAACUUACAUUUUUGCACUCCUAAGUGUUGUACACUCAUGCAUUCAGCUCCUGUGAUACACAGAUGAAACAUAUUUAUACCUUUAUUUAAUGUAAUUUAUUACCUCAUGCUGUAUGUCAGAGAGCCAAAUGUUAUUUCAAAGUAAGAAGAAGAGGACUGAAUGAGCUGCAGGACUGCACGCCUGAACCGCCCUCUGACGAGGCGAUACUGACAGAAGAUUCAGCCUCCUGCCUGUGCUGCUGAUGAUGUCAGUGCGUUCAGACUGAUGCGUCUGUUUGUGACCAGUCUUCCUUCAAAUCUGAUGUGUCUAUGUCUCUAAAAUGCGCUCCCAUGGAAGGAGGCAGAUGCUUACAGUAGCCGCCUGUGAUCUCCUAAUGUCCUACAUGGUCAGUGAACCAGAAUCAUCUGCAUAGAGAAUAAUGAGGGUUUCCACAAGAUGCUUUUGUUGUUAUUGUCACAUAUUUGCUGUUCUAAUGGUAUUACUGGAGAUGUCCAUCUGUCAAAAUAAGCAAAUGCUUUUGUAUGCACCUUCUGCAACAUUUUUGUACGGAUAUUUUGUUUCAAAAAUAAACUUUUUUUAUGAAUUUA